AUGGCGCACUUCCUCUCCCCGCGAUGGGUCGUCGCCUGCGCGGUGCUUCUCUUCUCGACGAAUGUCUUUGCCAUGUCUGCCGUCCUCGGCGUCGAUCUCGGCACCGAAUACAUCAAGGCUGCCCUCGUGAAGCCGGGUAUCCCUCUCGAAAUCGUCCUGACGAAAGACUCGAGAAGAAAGGAGACCUCUGCCGUCGCUUUCAAGCCGGCUUCCAACGCUCCCAAGGCGGGCUCGUACCCUGAGCGCCUCUAUGGCUCCGACGCUAUGGCUGUCGCAGCUAGGUUUCCUAGUGAUGUCUACCCGAAUCUGAAGACCCUCCUGGGCCUACCCGUAGGCGAUGCCUCGGUGCAGGAAUACCUUGCCAGACACCCCGCCCUGCAAUUGGAACCACACAAGCUUCGAAACACGGCCGCAUUCAAGAGCAAGACAUUUGCCGAAGAGGAGGAUGCUUGGAUGGUCGAGGAGCUGCUGGCCAUGGAGCUACAGAGCAUCCAGCGCAACGCUGAGGCAUUGGCCGGUCCCGAUACUUCCAUUCGGUCCGUUGUGAUCACGGUGCCACCCUUCUACACUAUCGAGGAGAAGCGCGCAGUGCAGACUGCCGCCGAGCUGGUUGGGCUAAAGGUUUUGUCGCUGAUUAGCGACGGGCUGGCCGUAGGCCUGAACUUUGCGACCAGCCGGCAGUUCCCGGUCAUCAACGAGGGAGGCAAGCCAGAGCACCACAUGGUCUUCGACAUGGGUGCUGGCUCUACAAGUGCUACCGUCAUGAAGUUCCAAGGCCGGUCGGUUAAGGACGUCGGCAAGUUCAACAAGACCAUUCAGGAAGUACAGGUUCUGGGAAGCGGCUGGGACAGAUCCCUUGGUGGAGACUCUUUCAACUACCUCAUCGUCGACGACAUGAUCUCCAAAUUUGUUGGGACACCAGCGGCCAAGAAGGUCUCCGCCACAACCGAGAGCGUCCGAGGCCAUGGCAAAGCCAUCGCCAAGCUCCUGAAGGACGCGGAGAAGGUGCGACAUGUACUCAGUGCCAACCAGGAGACGCAAACCAGCUUUGAGGGUCUGUACGAGGAUGUCGAUUUCAGGUACAAAAUCACACGGGCAGAUUUCGAGGCGCUGGCUCAGGAACAUGCUGCUAGAGUCGGUGCCGCGGUACAAAAAGCUCUGGAGGUCGCAGAGCUGGAUAUCUCCCAGCUUGACUCUAUCAUUCUUCACGGUGGAGCAUCCCGCACACCUUUUGUUCAGAAGGCCCUGGAGAAGAUUGCUGGCGCCGACAAGCUGCGCAGCAACGUCAACUCAGAUGAGGCCGCCGUGUUUGGUGCUGCCUUCCGAGGUGCAGAGAUCAGCCCCAGCUUCAGAGUCAAGGAAAUCAGAAUCUCGGACGGCUCCAACUACCCAGCGGGUAUGAAGUGGACGGACGUUCAAGGCAAGACGAAGCAGCAACGCCUUUGGACCGAAAGAUCACUGCUUGGCGCGGCGCCCAAGGAGAUCACUCUGAACAACCUUGAGGAUUUCUCUGUUCAGUUUUACCAGCAGGUUCCCACCGCCGACGGCACUGUAGACAAGGACACCAAGGCUGUAACGACCAAGAACCUUACUGCGUCCGUUGCUCAGCUCAAGACCACCCAUGGCUGCGCUGAUGCUGACAUUCACCUUAAGCUCAACGUUCGCCUUGCCACUGAGGAUGGCGAGGUGGACGUGGCAAAGAUUAGUGUUGAAUGUGAAGCAGAAGAAGCUGAAAAGGAGGGCUCAGUCAUGGAUGGAGUCAAGAACCUGUUUGGCUUUGGCAAGAAGGACCAACAACCUUUGGGAGAUGGCGAGGAGAACGCAACUAGCAGCGAAUCGUCAUCCACCACUGAAUCCACCACGGCAUCAACUGACACCGCCACCACCUCGGCAGUUGAGUCUGAGUCGAGCACUACCAGUGAAACGACAAGCACUGCAUCGUCCGCGGAGGCCGCCGAGGCAAGCCCGGGGCCAAAGAAGAAGCAGCUCGUCGUCAUACCCGUUGAAUACGUUGUAGAGAAAGCCGGUGUUCCUGCUCUGCCCAAAGCCGACUCGGCCAAAUCGAAAGAUCGCAUCAAGGCUUUUGAGGCCUCUGAUAAGGCCCGCCGACUGCGUGAAGACACUCUCAACCAACUAGAAGGAUUCACCUACAAGAUCCGCGAUCUGUUGGAGAGCGAUUCUUUCAUCGCAGCCUCCACGGAUAAGGAGCGAGCCGCCUUGGAGAAGAAAGCCAGUGCUGCGAGUGACUGGCUCUACGAGGAUGGCGCUGACGCACUACGGGACGAGCUCAAGGCUAAGCUCAAGGAGCUGAAGGAUUCUGUCGCACCUGUUGAGAAGAGAAUCAAGGAAACUCAGGAACGACCGGAUCUGGUCAAGGCCUUGAGAAGUUCUCUGGAGCAAACGGCAACAUUCAUUGACACGAUCAAGCAGAAGAUUGCUGAAGCCGAGGCUUUCAAGUCUUCGGCGAGCGCCAGUGCAACUUCAACUGAGUCCAGCUCAACGAUCACCGAGGCACCUUCUUCAGCUUCGGGCGAUUUUGACGGUCUCGAAGACGACGACUUCACCAGAUCGACCACUACUACUGCCUCUGAGAAUGUUGGCCCUGUGCCGCCCCUUUACACCGUGGGUGACCUGAAGGAGAUCACGGAGCUCUCUGAGUCGACUUUGAAAUGGCUGGACGAGAAGCUGGCCAAGCAGGCUAAGCUGCCCGAGAAUGCAGACCCUGUCUUGCUUGCCAAGGACAUCGCGGAGAAGACCAAGAAGUUGGAGAAGGCUGGCAUGGACCUGGCCAUGAAGGCUGUCAACAACUUCGACCCGAAGGGCAAGAAGAAGAGUAACUCGAAGAAGAGCACGAAAACCAAGAAGAAGUCGGCCAAGACAAAGACUGACAGUGCUAACCCCGAGCACACCAUCGACCUCAAGGACGAUGCUGGCUACAUCAAAUUCGGAGGAGACGGCAAACAGCCCACCUCAGAGGAGCUGGAGGAGAUGAUUCGCAAGCUUACCAAGGAGCGAGAAGAAAAAGAAGAGAAGCAACACACCCGCGAUGAGCUGUGA